AUGUCCGCUAAUGUAUUUGUGUCUUUUUUCAGUGCUUCUGGCGGGAUUCCAUCUGGUCCUGCUGCUUUCUCUUAUUUCAGUAGCCUUAUGUCAUUCAGGACUUCGACUUUCGUCGAAAGGCUUGUAUUUACUUGUAGUUCCGCUGUCGCUGGUGGUAUUUCUGGACAAGUUUCAGAUGGUGGUCGAUUCAAGAGCUUUUCGAAGUGGUCACCCCAUCGUUUCCUUUGUUUCUCAUCUUUGGUAGCUGGGUUUCCUUCACUAUCCUUUAUUGGUUUCAUCUGUGUUAAUCUCUUCCCAGAUAGUAACCUGGUUAUUUGA